CACAAACUUACACAAGAGGCGACCAAGCCCGAUGAUGAAAAGUUCGUGCCAUUAAGGACAUGCCAGCACCAACUGACAAGAAAGGAGUUGAAAGAUUACUCGGUACAGUCAACUACCUCGGAAAAUUCAUUCCCAAUCUGGCAUCUCUCAAUGAACCCAUUAGGGUGCUUCUGCGAAAGGAUAUUGAAUUUCAGUGGUCACAUGAGCAAGACAAAGCCUUUCAAGAAAUUAAGACUGUCUUAACUGAGAAUAGAGGUCCCGUUCUGAGGUUUUUCAAUGUACAAAAACCAGUAACCGUCAGCUACGAUGCCCCACCUACAGGUCUUGGCGGAGUCAUACUGCAAGACAAUUGUCCCACGGCUUACGCAUCAAGAUCGUUAACCGAGGUCAAAUCAAGAUACGCUCAAGUAGAAAAGGAAGUCUUGGCAGCUCAGUUCAGCCUUGAGCGAUUCAACGAAUAAACGUACGGAAAGAAAGUGCACGUGGAAUCAGAUCACAAACCCCUAGAAAUAAUUGUGAAGAUACCCGUAGCGACAGCACAGCCCAGACUACAAAAAAUUCUGAGGAGAAUGCAAAAGUACGACUACAGACUAGAAUAUAAGCCUGGAAGAGAGUUAGUACUCCCAGAGAUGCUGUCCUGCGCACCAUGCUGUCCUGAGACAACAGAUAUUAAAAACAUGGAACAGGAAAUUGCACUGCACGUUCAUCUGAUACAGUCAAGCCUGCCAGUCUCCAAACCCCACAGGCGGCCCAGACGUAGUAUGUGUCACUGAAUGAAUAUAUUAAUAUCCACAUGGACAAAUUAAUGCGAUGAGUCGUCGAAACUCCCAUGGACUAAAAUAGUCUAAAAGUCAAAACAUAACAAAACAAAGCUAAGAUACCUUCAACUGAACGUAUCCUUGUCUUUCCUGGCCGGUUUAAGUGGCAUUUUGUUGAGUUUUGAAAUUGUAGGUACUAUCCACUAAAGAAGAAUUAAAGGCUGGCUACAAAACAAACAGACCAUCUCCACGCGCCUUCACACGAAGCGCUAUAAAUUCGAGAAUAAUCGACGAAUCCGCUCCAAAUAACCAUCGGCUAAUCUGCAGUUAACGUGUGCUCCUGCUUCUGGCUCGCUUGCUCCACAAAACCCAUCGCAACUGCACAAUAAUUGCUCGCUCAUCAACAACCACUGUUGACCUUUACGCUUCGAUAUGACCGCAAACGACCAGGUUUAAUACGCGACGUGACGCGACGUGAAUAUUCAAGCUUAGCGACCGCCUUCGCGCAAAAAUGCAGCACUUGCUAUGGGAGGGAUGGUACUAUUGCUUCCAGGUCAAUCAAUCGGGAAAAUAAUAUUGAAGCCCAUGUAAUUUUUAAAAAGAUCCAAUUUGCCCAAGGAGCACCGAACAGAUACGAAUCUUAUAGCGGAGCUAAAAAAAAUGAGCGGCAGUGGAAAAAGUGAACAAGAACAUAUACCACAUUUUCUCCAUAAAAAGUGAAAACCAGGAAGUUUUCUGAACGUUUCACGUCGCAGUCAUGCAAAUCAACGGCAAGGAAAUGUACAAGAAAGUGUGCUGUAAUUAGACCUAUUGUUGUUUUUCACAGUUCUGGUCAAGGGCAUCCAACUUUUAAUUUUUCACAUUUCACUCAACGGGUUAGGCUAUUUUUCGUAGAGAGUAAAAUGGAAUCCUAAAAUUUUCGGAUUCAAAAAUGUGAUGAAAGAAGGUAUCUGAAAAAUUAUCUCCUUCGUAAUACGUUAAAUUGCAUCUAAAAUUUUCGGAAAAAUAAUUCUGAAUUCCUCGUAAUUUCGAAAAGACUCAAGUUCCUCUAGAAUGGCCGAACACUGAGAUGCAAAUUUUAUAGCGCCACUUAGAAUGCAUUUCUAUAGAGCUAAAAGUACUUUAUGAAUAGCUACAGAAGUGUUUUCAAUUGAAAGUAUUUGAGGAAACAGUCGUUGGGUGGCCCUGUCUCGUUGCCUUCUCCGCUUAGCAUUACACGAUAUAUUUUAUAUUUAGUAUGAGCAAACUAUAAAUCAUUAGCUUCGCUUUUAGCCCUCCUGACUAAAUUUAUGUAAGCGCUGUUUAGAAUGCAUUUUUCGAUCAAAAGUACUCUGGACAGCCUUAAAUGUGUUUUCAAUGCCUUUAGGGGGAAAUCAUCGUUGGGUGCCCCUGAGUUUUGAGAAUAAUAAUAAUAAUAAUAAAAAAAGAUAUCGCGCACAUAAAUUUUACUUUACGAUAUCUUCAGCUGUAUCUUCUAUUCAGCUGCAUAGCCGGGGCCAGAUUUUGCCUUUUUCCUGGGCGGAAAAUUCUCGUCCUCCUUCACCAGUUUGGACAACAUAUUAUGGAGUGAGACGUUGUUAAUCUAAGCAAAUAAGUCUGGUAGAGUCAAGAACCUAUGCAAGCGGCUGGACGAACAAUGUGACAGCGAACGUUAGAAGAAUUCGAACUUGAAAACCAGGGCUGCCCUGUUGAAAACUUACGGACGGUCCAUCAAUCGCCUUCUGUUUUCUGGUCAAAACUAACGCAGCUAACCUUCGGUCAGUCGAUUGACCUAGAAGCAGUAGUACCAUCCCUCCCAUAGCAAGUGCUGCAUUGUUGCGCGAACGCGGUCGCUAAGCUUGAAUAUUCACGUCGCGUAUUAAACCUGGUCGUUUGCGGUCAUAUCGAAGCGUAAAGGUCAACAGUGGUUGUUGAUGAGCGAGCAAUUAUUGUGCAGUUGCGAUGGAUUUUGUGGAGCAAGCGUGCCAGAAGCAGGAGCACACGUUAACUGCAGAUUAGCCGAUGGUUAUUUGGAGCGGAUUCGUCGAUUAUUCUCGAAUUUAUAGCGCUUCGUGUGAAGGCGCGUGGAGAUGGUCUGUUUGUUUUGUAGCCAGCCUUUAAUUCUUCUUUAGUGGAUAGUACCUACAAUUUCAAAACUCAACAAAAUGCCACUUAAACCGGCCAGGAAAGACAAGGAUACGUUCAGUUGAAGGUAUCUUAGCUUUGUUUUGUUAUGUUUUGACUUUUAGACUAUUUUAGUCCAUGGGAGUUUCGACGACUCAUCGCAUUAAUUUGUCCAUGUGGAUAUUAAUAUAUUCAUUCAGUAACACAUACUACGUCUGGGCCGCCUGUGCAAACCCAAACUUGAAGAAAUACGUAAGGAAAUAACCAAAGACGAGUCACUGAAAGACCUCACUGAAAUUAUCAAACAUGGAUGGCCAGAAACAAAGGCCUGUCUCUGGAAGAGUACCUGCACGUUUUGGGACGUAAGAGAUGAACUGACCGAACUGAACAGUGUCAUUCUAAGAGGUGGAAGAUUUUUUAUCCCCACCUCAAUGCGAAAGGAAAUGUUUGAAAGAAUUCAUCAAGGCCACAUGGUCAUAGAGAAAUCCAAGCAACGAGCAUGA